AACUAAAUAAUGGAAGCCAUUAAUUGUUUCCUACUCUCUCUUUAUUGGAGAAGAUAAAGUCGCUUUUUCAACAUAAAUCAUUUCCCAAGAUCACAUUUGGCCCUUUCCACCGGUUCCACAAGGAGUUAACUCCUCCGGCAGGCAGGCUAGCACCAUGUCUUCCACCUCCGGCAUGGCAACACACAUCCUGGUGUUUCCGUACCCAGCCCAAGGCCACAUGCUCCCACUCCUGGACCUGACACAUCAGCUCGCCCUCCGUAGCCUCACCAUCACCAUCUUCGUCACACCAAAGAACCUCCCAAUCCUCUCCUCUCUCCUCUCCACCCACCCCUCCAUCCAAACCCUCGUCCUCCCCUUCCCUCCCCACCCCAAACUACCCCAAGGCGUCGAGAACGUCAGGGACAUCGGCAGCGCUGGAAACAUACCCAUCAUUGGCGCCUUGCCCCAGCUCCACGACCCGCUUCUGCGCUGGUUCCACUCCCACCCGUCUCCCCCUGUGGCCAUCGUCUCCGACUUCUUCCUCGGCUGGACCCUACGCCUUGCCCACCAGCUCCGCAUCCCCAGGAUCGCUUUCUUCUCGUCCGGUGCGUUUCUGGUCUCCGUCAGUGACCACUGCUGGCACAAUUCCAGAAGCGUUUCUUCUACACCGCUCGCUCAUUUUUCCGAUCUCCCCAGAUCGCCGUCCUUCAAGCAGGAACAUCUGCCUUCCAUCUUCCGCAUCUACAGCGAAUCCAACCCUGACACGGCGUUCCUGAAGGAUGACAUGCUCGCAAAUACGUCUAGUUGGGCUUGCAUUUUCAACAGCUUCGACGAACUGGAAGGCCAAUACUUGGACCACCUCCGGAGAGUCAUGGGGCACACGCGCGUCUACGGGGUCGGGCCGCUGAGUUUAGUGGGGAUGAACGACGGUGGCAAUCGGAGCAACCCGGACUCCGAUUCGGACACCGGCGUGCUUGCGUGGCUCGAUGGGUGCCCCGACGGGUCAGUUCUCUACGUCUGCUUCGGGAGCCAGAAAUUGUUGAACAGACAGCAAAUGGAAGCCUUGGCGUUGGGGCUGGAAAAGAGCGCGAUCCGAUUCGUGUGGGUGGUGAAAGCGGGCACGACCCAACAGGAGGCUGACGGGUACGGCGUCGUACCGGAGGGGUUCGAGGAACGGGUGGACGGAAGGGGAGUGAUAGUGAAGGGGUGGGCGCCACAGGUGAGGAUACUAAGCCACGUUGCGGUGGGAGGGUUUGUGAGUCACUGCGGGUGGAACUCGGUGCUGGAAGGGAUAGUGGGGGGGACGAUGAUCCUGGGUUGGCCAAUGGAGGCCGACCAGUUCGUGAACGCCAGGCUGCUUGUGGAGGACAUGGGCGUGGCCGUCAGGGUGUGCGAGGGCGCCCACUCGGUGCCUGAUCCGGCCCACUUGGCGGGGCUGAUUGCCGAGUCGAUGGGCGGGGAGAGUGCUCGGAAAGCGAGGGCAAGGGCACUCAGAGAUAAGGCGCUUGAAGCGGUGAGGGAUGAUGGGAGCUCUUCCAGGGAUUUGGAUGCUCUUGUCAAGGAGCUGUCCCAACUCCGACCGAGUCACGAUGCUUGAGGGUUCCGGGAAUGAUUUUUGUAGAUUUCUCCGGUUAAGAAAGCUAGAUGAAUUCAAAAAAGAAAAAGAAAGCUAGAUAUUAUUUUAGCAAGAAAUGAGGAAGCCAAUAACUUAUUUUGGCAAAGUGAGUGAAAUUGCCCAUAGCACCUCCAACUUUGGACGAAUUGGCAUAUCAUUAUGAGCAGACGAAGUCGUAGCUAAUCUACACGUCACAUGUACAGAGCUACUAAGCUUCGCCAUUCCA